AUGGAAAAGUCAGAAAGAAGAUUAUCUGAAGCUACUAUCACAACUUUACGAUCAUCAAGAGGAGCUGUAAUGGUUAAUGAAAAUGGAUCAUAUGUUUAUGGUAAUUGAGAAAUAAUUAAUAAAUUCAAGUUUGUCUUUUAAAGAAUGAAUCAAUGAUAGGAUCAUCAUAAAAGAUAGUUUAAGAGCCUCAAUAAAUCAUGCUCCCAAUGUUUGGAGAUAAUGAAUUAGCAUUUUAUAUAAAUCCUUAAGAUUUACCAGAUUUAGUUGAUGAGGUACUUGACACUUAUUUAACACAUUCAAGAGCAUUUUUAGUGUUUAUGUUAGGAUAAAUGAUGGUGGAAAUCAUUUUUGAUUCAUUAAUUUGGUUGAAUUAAUCUAGGAUUGAAAAAUUGGUAGAGCAUAAUAAUAUAAUUUAAGUUAGCAAUGAUUUAUAAUUAAGUGCCUUUGGUUGAUAUCCACUCAAUAAUGAUUCUGUGUUCAUGUAUUAAUAUAUUGUUCUAAUGUAUUUAUUACACAAGUGGUAUCCAUGGAGCAUGGUUUAAAUCCUACAAAAUUUUGAAUUUGUUUAGCAAUUUUUCUAUUUUUGGUAUGUUUUUGUAGAUUUUCCUAUCAUACUCUUAUUAGUAUUUAUUGUGCUUUUACUUAGAUUCAAUAUUUUAGUGUUUGCUUUCCGAGUUCUAUCAUGCAUUUAUUCCAAAUUUCUGAGCCAUCUGAUUUUAAGUUUGAUUCUAUUGCCUCAUUGAUUUAUGAUUAAUAUUUAAUGCGCUAAUAAUAAUAACUACCAAGAUUGUCAGAAGAUGAAUAAUUUCCAGGUCGUUUACAUACAUAAUCUCGAAAACUCAAGUUUGGAAGUACAUAACUCUAUCAAAUAUGAAUUUUAGCUACUGAAAACUUCAAUAAGAAAUCAAAAAAAUAAAGUCCAAUGGCUGAGUCUUAAUUCAUUAAAUAAAUUGAUACAAAAUUAGAGCAAUAUAAUAAGGACAUCGAAUUACGCAAUGAUAUGAUUGUUACUAUAGAAAAAGGUUUUGAAUCUGUAAGACAAGAAUUAAUAAAAGAGAAAUUAUUAAAUGAAGAAAAGACUAAACAAUUAUAAGAAUUAGGAUAAUAAUAUCAAUCAGCUCAAUCAAAACUUAAAUCAAUCCAUGAAUCCAAUAAAAAUACAGGAUAAUAAGGAAUUGAUAAGGAUAAAGAUAAAAUUCAGCAAUUAGAAACAGUUUAAAAAGCUAUUCUAGCAAAAGAACAUUAAUUAAAUUAAACUAUAGACACCCUCAAUACCUAAUUGAAUGAUAUUACUCAUAAAAUAAAAAUCAAAGAAGAAAUGCCUGAUGAUUCUAAAAAAUUGAAAGAUUUAAUUAGGAAGAGUGAAGUAUUAAAUAUUAUUAUAUUCUUAAGGAGAAAAAAUAUAAAUCAUAAGCUAUCAUGGAUGAACUUAAAAAGAAUUUAGAAUCCAUUUAAGCUGAGAAGUUAUUAAUUAAAAAUCAAAUGGAUCAAUAUAAAAAAGAAUACUUAGCUAAAGAGGAAUGUUUAUCAUCUGAAUUCAAUAAUACUUAAAAUAAGGUUAAGGAGUUAUAAAAGGAGAGAAAUUAAUUACAAGAAUAAGUUAAGAAGUAACCUAUCAACACUUAAGAUUAAAAUAAUAAAUUAUAAGAAGCAGUCAAUUAAUUUAAAUAACAAUUAACUGAAUAAAAUAAAUUAAAAGAUGUAUAUAUUUUAUUUUUUAUUUAAGAAAGAAAUACAUUAAUGGAAUGGAAAUCUUGAUAUUUAAAUCAAAAAUUUUGAUCAAUUGACUCAUUAAAUUGAAGAAUAUAAAUUAAAAAUAGAAACUUCUACAAAGAACUUGAAUGAAAAGACUAUUUCUGUAGAAUAACUUAAUAAAGCUAUUGGAGAAUAAGAAAAAACUCUUAAAGAUUAAUAAACAGAAAUUAAAUUAUUAAGUUAAAAAAUAGAUGAAUUUAAUAAGAAAUUAGGUGAUUCUAAACCAAAAAACAUGUCUUAAGUCAUUGAAACUAUAGUCAUCUUGGAAAAAACUCAUGUAUUCCAUAAUCACUAAACUUUUAGAAAGAAAUUCAAAAAGGUCUUGCUUGUACUUUUUGCAAUAAAUUCAUAAAAUAACCAGUUACGAUUAUACCUUGUGGUCAUUCCUACUGUUUUGAAUGCAAAAAAGGAUAUUAAAAGGAAUGUUGCAAAUGUGGACCUAAAUUGAAAAUUGAAGCAAUGUAUAGAAAUGAAUUAUUGGAUGAUAUUAUAUAAAUGGUAAAAUUAGUUGAGUAAAGCAUUUUGAACAUGAAAUAAAUUACUUAAAAUUAAUGAA